CACAAUUGCGAUGAAGUCUGGGCCAGAGUGCACUUGCAAACUGCACAAACGGGUCUCUACUGUGUAAAAAUGUAUAGGGUCUCUGUAAGAGCAUGAGUCAGAAUCUCACUCGCUAUCUACCAGUUUUUUUAUUAAAUUUCAAAUUACGUUCUCUCAUUUAACUGUCCGUCAGAUGCUCAGGACCAUUAGAGAUGGGGGCAUCAUCUUCUUUUUUUAAGGAAUAUGAAGUUGUAGGUCCUUGUUUAAGUACUCCGUAAUUUAUACGUAUUUUGACUUAUGUAUACAUGUAUAUUUGGUUAAUCUCUCGGACAGUAAAUCAGUUAAUGUUUGAGGAGAACCGAAGGAAUUAAUGGCUGUAAUUGGGAGAUUGAAUACCAACCUUUUCAGAAAAGAAAAAGCAUAAAAACAAUAAUAAAAAUAAAAAUGAUUAUAAUGAUGAAAAAUUAAAACGAAAAGGUAAGAUAAUGGAAGAAUAUUGCAAUGGCCUAUAGGCAUUCAUCAUCAUCAUCAUCUGCAGCGUCUCAUUCACGGUCUUCUUCUAACCUUGCAUGCUGGGCAUUCCUGUUCUUUGCAGCUUUUUUCGUCUUUAAGGUGGAUAUUCUGAUUGUCCAGAAAAUAUCGAGAAUUCGACAUAGUACGGAACGGAUAAAUCAAAUAGUAGUUCAUGAACCCAAAUCACCCGAUUCGCCAUUCAAGUUCGGAAAUGGAACAUUCCAAAAAGAGUUCGUAUUAUCGUGGGGAGAUGAGCGUUGCAAGAUAUAUGAAAAUGGAGAACUACUUACACUGGAACUCGACAGAUCUUCUGGAUCGGGCUUUGAGUCUAAAAAGGAAUUCAUCUUUUGCAAGAUUGAUAUGCAAAUUAAGCUCGUCCCCGGAGACUCCGCCGGCACCGUCACCACUUAUUAUUUAACAUCAGAUGGUGAUCACCACGAUGAGAUAGAUUUUGAAUUUCUGGGAAACUCAUCUGGCAAUCCCUACACGCUUCACACAAAUGUGUUUAGUCAAGGAAGAGGUGAUAGAGAGGUGCAGUUCUUCCUGUGGUUCGACCCGACUGCAGACUUCCACACAUAUACUAUUCUUUGGAAUCCCAAAGCUAUCGUGUUCUACGUGGAUGGAACACCGAUAAGAGAGUUCAGAAAUGCGGAGGCAAUCGGAGUUCCUUUCCCGAAGGAUCAACCGAUGAGGCUAUACUCAAGUAUAUGGAACGCUGAUUCCUGGGCCACACAGGGUGGACGUGUGAAGACGAACUGGACUCUCGCCCCCUUCGUGGCCUCUUACAGAAACUUCAGCUCCCAAGGCUGUGUUUGGUCACGGUUAAGCAGAUCCACGUCUUGCCCCAGUGACAAUUCUUGGAUGACAAAGGAGCUGGACAGGUGGAGCCGUGCAAGGAUGAGGACUAUGCAGAGAAGGCAUAUGGUUUAUAAUUACUGCAAUGAUAAGUGGAGGUUUCGCAGAGGACCUGGCCGAGAAUGCAGAUUUAGGUAGUGCAACAACAAAGCAAAAUUACCUCCAGACAGGAGUAAUGUAUUUCCAUUUUGCAUAUAUAGGAUCAAAUUUUACUUGCAAAUUUGUGAAAACUAAGUAGGAAAACUGUUGAAGUAGCAAUACUCCAUGACUUUCUUGCAUGUACUAGUAGU